AUGAACGAAAGACAAAAGGCUGAAUUAGAAGGAAAUAAAGGAAAAAGUUUAUUUUGCAAGAUUUCACUUAAUGGAUCAUAUGGUUACGAUGCAAUGAAUACACAAAAUUACGCAAAGACUAAAAUAAUGAAUGCACAGAAGGCACGCGUUGCAUGUAUGUCAAAUAAGUUUAAAAACAUAAGAGAAAUAGGAGAGGAUACAUAUCAAGUGAUGCUUAAAGAUAGAUUUUAUAGAUGUGAAACAUGUUUACAAGAGGCAUUCUUCACUUUAGAUAAUGCUAAAUACUGGUAUUUGGUUUUCAUUUAUGAUUUUAUGUAUAAAUGCAUGGAUGUUAAUCGUUUUCAUUUCAUUGAAGGUGAUACUGAUUCAUCUUAUUGGGCAAUCGCCGGCGAUCCAAAUCUUCCUAACACUCAAGCAUUUCAAGCAAUUGUUACUGAUAAACAAUUUUAUGAUAAAAACAUUUUCAAAUUCGCACCAUUUGAUUUCUUCUGUUUUGAUGAGAAAUUUAAACCUAAAUUAAAGAAUAAAGCUGAAGAAAAAGCACAUGAGAAGAAGUUAUUGGGUUUAGCAAUUGAGAAACAAGGAGAUAACAUGGUUGCUUUAUGUCCUAAGUGUUAUACAUCAUUCAAUGGUUCAAUUGAUGGAAGUGAUUUUAAAAAGAUUGCACAAAAAAUGAAAGGUGUUAGUUUACGACAAAAUAAACAAUUAACACCUAAAAAUUAUUUGGAUAUAAUAAAUGAUAAAUUGAUAUUUGAUGGUCAGAAUAUUAAUUUACAACUUAAAAACAGGUCAAUGACUCGCUUAACAAUUGGUAAGACUGCAUUAACAGGAGCACACACUAAGGCUGUAUGUUGUGAAAAUGGAUGUUGUAUGCCAUUUAUUUAA